AUGUUAGAAUCCUCCGGAAAAUCAGGAGAAAUGAUGAGAAGUUUGCUUCUCAUCUCCCUGUUGAUCCAUUCAGCAUUAGCCCAGAAAGGAGGGCCGGAGCAGCCAGGGCCGAAGCCUCCACAACCGAAAUGGCUGACAUUGAGUGGUAAUGAGCCCCUGAUUGUAGCUCGUGGAGGGCUCUCGGGGCUCUUCCCAGAAUCGAGCGGCUAUUCUAACAGCAUGGCCAAGUCCCUGAGUUUGAUUGGCACAGCUCUUUCCUGCAGUCUGCAGUUAUCGAAAGAUAGCAUGGGGUUUUGCCUGUCAAACAUUCUGCUUGAUAAUACAACAACGAUGCCUCAAGUAUACCCUAAACGCCAAAGCACUUACAAAGUUAACGGGAAGGAAUUAAGUGGGUGGUUCGCUUUAGAUUUCACAGCAGAGGAGCUAACAAACAAACCUUCAUUGACUCAGAACAUCUUUUCCAGACCGAGUCAAUUUGACAAUUCUUUGCCUAUAGCGACCUUUGAUGAUAUAUUUCAGAGCAAACCAGACCAAGUUUGGUUGAAUGUGCCGUACGAUGCAUUUUAUAGCGAACACAAAAUCAAUGUAGCAGCAUAUGUACUAAAUGCAAUGAGAGACCACCAGGGCAUCAAUUACAUUUCAUGUCCUGAGAUUGGUUUCCUGAAAACCAUCGGUGGGAAAGUGAACAAAGCCAAGACAAAGCUCAUCUUAGAGUUCCUAAGCCCCAAUGAGACUGAACCAACAACCAGACAAAACUACGGUGCAUUGCUCAAGAAUCUUGGAAUGAUCAAAUCACUUGCAGCUGGAAUACUUGUUCCAAAAGAAUUCAUAUAUCCAAUCACCGCAACUAAUUAUUUGGAUGCUCCCACUACUCUGGUGGCAGAUGCUCACAAAGAAGGUCUGGAAGUAUACGCUAAAGGCUUCACAAACGAUAUCCUAAUCCCUUACAACUACAGCAUGGAUCCAACAGCAGAAAUCCAACAGUUUGUAGAUAACAACGAUCAGUUUUCGGUUGAUGGGGUGGUUACAGAUUUCCCUCCUACAGCAUCAGAAGCCAUCUCAUGCUUUUCUCAUAACAAGGGUGGCAAGCCUUACCAAGGAAGUCCGUUGAUCAUAACUAGAAACGGAGCGAGUGGGAACUACCCUGGUUGCACUGACCUUGCUUAUCAGGCUGCAAUAGAUGAGGGGACUGACAUAAUAGAUUGCUCGGUCCAAAUGUCAAGUGAUGGAGUUGCCUUCUGCUUAGAUGCUAUAGAUCUCAACUCAGGCACUAAUGCAUUGAGUCAAUUCAUGGACAAGAGUGAGACUAUCCCUGAACUUCAACCAGAAGCUGGAGUCUUCUCAUUCCAGUUAAAAUGGGAAGAGAUCCAGUCCUUGAAACCCCAAAUACAAAGCCCCUUUGGGACCAAGGAAAACCUGUAUAGAAACCCAGCUAACAAGGAUGUAGGCAAACUGGUGACCCUCACUGAAUUCCUAGAGUUGGCCAAGAAAAAGGCAACUACUGGAAUUAUGAUCAACAUUCAGAAUGCGCCUUACCUAGCAUCAAAGGCCGGUCUGGACAUUGUUGGCACCGUAACCUCUGCCUUGAAAAAUGCUACACUCGACGAGCAAUCUACUCAAAAGGUCAUAAUCAGAUCAGAUGACACUUCAGUGCUGUCCAAAUUUGCUGAUGUGAAAACAUACAAGAAAGUGUUAAGCAUUGAGGAGAAAAUAAGUUCUGUACCACAGGAAUCGAUUGACGAGAUCAAGAAUUUCGCAGAUGGAGUAACUGUCAACAAAGAUUCAGCUAUUUUGUCCAGCAAUUUCUUCAUCAAAGGAGAAACUAGGGUCAUCAAGGAUUUGAAGGCUGCUAAUCUGACAGUGUACAUCAACUCCCUGAAAAACGAAUUCACCAGUCUCAUGUUUGAUUUUCUCGCAGACCCCAUUAGCGAAAUAGCUACAUAUGCUCAAGGACUCAACGUUGAUGGAAUUAUCACUGAUUUUCCAGGAACUGCAAGCAAAUUCAUGAGAAGUCCAUGCACCAAUCUUGACCCCCAAGCCGAUGUCGCAUAUCCGAUUCUGCCAAUUGAACCCGGUUCUCUCCUCAACUUGAUGCCCCCUGAGCAAAUGGCACCAGCGGACGCUCCCCUCCCACCACUUGAUUCUAAAACCAUAGUUGACCCACCACUUCCUCCAGUGGCACCCAAGGCCGAGACCAAGACCGACUCAAACUCACCAGGCUCUGAGUCAGAUUCUAAGUCCGGCAACAAGCCUGGCAAUGCCCCUGCACCUACAGAAAAAUCAAGCGCACUGGAAAAUGCAGCAAACUGGGGUCUUUCUUUGGUAGCAAUAAUGGUGUUCAGCUUAUUGUGUAUGGGAAAUUAA